AUGGGUAACCACAAGUUUAGAUUAUCAGAUAUGAUGCCCAAUGCCUGGUUUCACAAGCUCAAAGACAUGAGCAAACCCAGAAAAAACCCCAACAGCCCCCAUCACUCCAAGAAGAAAAAACAACAACAGCAAAAACCAACAUUUGCUUCAACUGCAAAAUUUACAGAGCCAUCAAAACCAAAGCAGCAGCUACCCCACCAAUGUCUUCCAAGACAGUCUUACUACUUCACAAGGGAGCUUGCUAGCCCUGCCCCAGGUCACAGGUUCUGCAGCUCCUCCCCCACAAACCCAAAAGCCUCAGACACCAAUUUCCCUGACCCACCACCCAAAAAACCAUCCAAACAAAAACCCAAGAAGAGAAUCACCAGCUUACCCUCUGAUCCUCACCUUGUCUCCUCCUCUGUUUCUGCCGGCUGUGGCUGCGGCGCCACCAUUGAAUCCGUUUGGACUAAAUCUGAUUCCCCACCAGAGCUCUGGUCUUCUUCAACCUUUGACAGCUCCCCAGAGCUCGAGUCUCAUGAUGAAGACGAUGGCGAGCUUGAGCUUCAUGAGCCUGAAUUCAGGUGUGACCGUGUUCUUACUACUGAGACUUUUGAUGGGAUGGUUUCAAUGUCGAGUUCAUGCGCUGCUUACCUUGCUGAUUCUGAGGAAAAAGACGUCGUUAUCGACGUGGAUAAGGCAUCUCUGAGUACGAAAUUAUCUGAUAUGGCUGAUGAUGGGUUGUAUUCAUUUUCUGAGCUUGAGCUUGCUCCAAUUAUAACCAAGCCACCGAAAUUCAGUGAAAUGGUGAGAGAUGUGAAGAAGAAGAAAGAGACAAAAGAGCCAAGCAGAUGCAGAAGAAGCUCAGCUAAAUUUCAGGAUAGAAAUGCACACGGGUCUCUGUCUGUCAAGGUUGUGAAGGAAGAGAGCACAAGCACAAAAACCAUCAAAGAACAGAGGACUGGUAGCUCUGUUAGAAGAGUUUCAUUAAAUGCUACUUCUCCAGGAGUUAGGCUUCGGAUGAAUUCACCAAGAAUUGCUAACAGGAAAAUCAACCAGGCCAAUCUCAGCCGUCGGAGUGUGUCAUCAAACUCGAGCUCAAAGCGGAGGAGCCUCUCUGAAAGCUUUGCAAUUGUCAAGUCUUCAUUUGACCCUCAGAGGGAUUUCAGGGAGUCAAUGGUGGAGAUGAUUAUGGAGAACAACAUCAAGGCAUCAAAGGACUUGGAAGAUCUUCUUGCAUGUUAUCUCUCUUUGAACUCAGAUGAAUAUCACGAGCUCAUCAUCAAGGUCUUCAAGCAAAUCUGGUUUGAUCUCACUGACCUCAGGUCCAAGUAA